GGUGCUGGCAAUCGGACGCGUUUUGAAAACUUGCUCUCUUCACGAGUUGAUUCUGGUUUUUGUCUUUUUCGGUUUUGGACUGGGAAAGUAAAAAAAGGUGCGAAGAACAACAACAACAGCAACAACGACAACGACAGCUGCAAGAAUAAUAGAAAUUGCUGUUGAAAAGAAACAGGAAAUCCAGAAGCAAGAAAUCAGUUUUGACCAUUCGCAGACUCGCCACCGACCGACCAUGAUCUUGCGAACAGCACUUGCUGGCCAACAGCUGCUCCUCCUGCCCUCUGUCCUGCUUAUCGUCCUGCUGUAUUGUUCCUGUGAUGCUAAGACUGUCAAUCCCGGAGAUCAGCUACAGCUGCAGCAGCAUCAUCAGAUGACGGCAGAGCCGGGUCUGCCAGAGCCAAGGGCUUACAUGCCGGAUGCCCAGCACCUGGACUUUGUCUACCAUGACCAUGAGGAGCUAACGAGAUUCCUCAGGGCAACCAGUGCACGGUAUCCCAACCUCACUGCUCUGUACUCCAUUGGAAAGUCUAUCCAAGGCCGGGAUCUCUGGGUGAUGGUGGUCAGCUCGUCACCGUACGAACACAUGGUGGGCAAGCCAGAUGUAAAGUACGUUGGCAAUAUCCACGGAAACGAGCCCGUCGGCCGGGAGAUGCUGCUCCAUCUCAUCCAGUACUUCGUGACCAGCUACAACUCGGACCAGUAUGUGAAGUGGCUGCUGGAUAAUACCCGGAUUCACAUUUUGCCCACGAUGAAUCCGGACGGUUAUGCGGUUUCCAAAGAGGGCACAUGCGACGGUGGCCAAGGAAGAUACAAUGCCCGUGGCUUCGAUCUGAAUCGCAACUUCCCCGACUAUUUUAAGCAGAACAAUAAGCGUGGUCAGCCGGAAACAGAUUCGGUUAAGGAUUGGAUAUCAAAGAUUCAGUUUGUGCUGAGUGGAAGUCUCCAUGGUGGUGCUCUGGUUGCUAGCUAUCCAUACGACAAUACGCCGAACUCCAGGAUCUGCCGUUCGUCCGCAUUGUGCGCGAUGUUCCAGACCUAUUCGGCGGCGCCGUCCCUGACGCCCGACGAUGAUGUAUUCAAGCAUUUGUCCCUUGUCUACGCCCGCAACCAUGCCAAGAUGUCCAGGGGUGUGGCCUGCAAAUCUGCGACGCCGGCCUUUGAGAAUGGAAUCACAAAUGGAGCUGCCUGGUACCCACUGACCGGUGGAAUGCAGGAUUACAACUAUGUGUGGUACGGUUGCAUGGAGAUUACUCUGGAAAUAUCCUGUUGCAAGUUUCCGCCCGCCUACGAGCUUAAGAAGUACUGGGAGGAUAAUCAACUUUCUCUUAUAAAAUUCCUGGCCGAGGCACAUCGAGGAGUCCAGGGAUUCGUGUUUGACCCGGCGGGCAUGCCCAUCGAGCGAGCCUCGAUCAAGAUCAAGGGACGUGAUGUGGGCUUCCAGACCACCAAAUACGGCGAGUUCUGGCGCAUUCUUCUGCCGGGCUAUUACAAAGUGGAGGUCUUUGCAGAAGGCUUUGCCCCUCGAGAAGUCGAGUUCGUGAUUGUAGAGCAACAUCCCACGCUGCUCAAUGUGACGCUGCAGCCAUCGAAGUACCUGGUGGCAGCUUCGGGCACAUCCACUUCCACCAAAGCCUCAACUGCAAAGCGUCUCGUCAAUGGAAAGUUGCAGCUGUCCACCGAAUAGUUGAGAUCAGAUUUCUUGGAAUCAAAUCCUAUGGAAUGCGGGCGUGUAAAUAAUAGCUGAAGUGCUUAAGUCCUAGGGAGUGCUCCGCAACUAACCCACUAAAAACUAAAACACCUCUUAACACCUCACUCUAAAGUCCUGUCCUUUUUCUUUUGGUUUUUGUUCUAUGUUAUAUUUUGUUUAAAGUUCUUUAGUCAAAAGUUUAAAAGCAUUAGGAAAAAUACCUAUAACACUUAAGACCUCUGCUGGUACAAGGUUUAAUAUUAAAUAUAAAGGUUGCUUGGGUUAACCAUGUUGUGAAGAACAAAGAUCCUUCGAUGACGAUGUAUGUACCAAUAACAUUCUGUUAAUUGACUUCGCAGCGCAUUGAGGGCAUUGGGGCCAUGGGUCCCGCUGGAGUGCCAGUUGGAGGCGGUGGUGUGGUGGGUCCCGGUGGACUAUACCGCCCGAUUCAG